AUGAUUAACCCCAACCUUCCACCUCCCCCUUACUCACCAGCACCCGAAUCUCAUCUUUCACGACCUCAACAACAUGUUCAUCUUUGCCAGCCUGAUGACAUACCUCUCCUACCCCUUGUAAACCCUUCACCUGAUAUCGAUAUACGAUUUAUAAGAUCAUUCCCUCGAGCAUUGGAAGACUAUCAGCGCUCUUCAUGUCCUUCCAAUUGGGGCAGGUAUGGACAUGGUGUCAGACUGUCUUCAUCAGAUGUCAAGGAUAAAAGCAAAGUGCUAGAAUGGGUAUACUGGAUUGCAAGUCUAUUUGCGUCUCCACAAGAUCAGUUUCUGAAAUUGAUCAGUCAGUUCAUCAAUCAGUUCCAAUCUGACUAA